AUGGCGGCUUCCGCGGACUCCCACAUCCUUCGUGCCAUCCCUCCAUUGAGCAGUAAUACAAUGGCCCGUCUUCCCGCCAUUUCAGGCCGACCAGCCCCCAAACGCAAGCAUGACGGUCCCUCCUCCCCGGCCGCCCACAAAGCUACUCAAGCCCAAGUCACAAAGGCAGCCAAGCGAACCCUGAAGCGUCAGCAGCUCGUCGCAACUGCGAAAGCUGAAUCAGACCAGGCAAAGCCUUCCUACGGCUUGAAGCCAACCAUCUCCAAGUCUGCUCUUCGUAGGAGGAAACGAAAGACUAGGGACGAGGCUGUACUUGGCCAAGGCGGCUUGGAGGGGAUGCGGGAGGAGAUUGAAGAACUCGACGAUGACGAUGAUGGCGGAGAAGACGAUAUCUUUGCCACUGCGGCGGAAAAUCAUCAGCAUGGUAGCGAUCCUCGCUCUUAUACCUCUGCCUCCUCCUCCUCUGGGGCAAACAAAGUAGGGAGCAAGCUCCGCAGGCGUGUCCUUGCGCAGGAGCAGUUGAGGCAACCACAUAUCCUGCGUGACCUGCGUGGACCAGCCAGCGGUGGUAAAGGAGCUGGGCUCAGCGCCUUCGCUGCUAUCAGGGAGCACGCAAGAAACACGAUGCCUGCCGCACCAGCACAUCGUCAGCAAUCGUCCAAGAAGCCCAGGGAUGGCGACGUUGCUAUGUCAUGA